AUGCUGGACGUUGCCAAUAAUUUGGGAAGCACCGCUGGCCACUGCACCGCACCCGGUGUGGGUACCCUAGGAGGUCUCGUUAGUACUCUGGUGCAGGCAUUACUGGCGGCCGAGUGUGCCGUUUCACCCGCCAGCUACUGGCCGCCCGACUAUGGCGACGAGGCGCUGCUAUCUGGUCUGCCCGAGCCCUAUGACUUUGUCGUUAUUGGUGCUGGAUCUGCGGGCUCUGUGAUAGCCAGUCGAUUAAGUGAAAACCCCCGAUGGCGUGUUCUUGUGCUCGAGGCUGGCGGUGAUCCGCCCGUGGAAUCUGAGCUUCCCGCGCUUUUCUUUGCGCUACAACACACGAACUUCAUGUGGAACUAUUUCACGGAGCCCAGUGAGAAAGCCUGUAAGGGAAUGCGUGACGGUCGCUGUUACUGGCCUCGCGGACGGAUGAUCGGUGGCUCUGGAGCUGCCAAUGCUAUGCUGUACCUGCGCGGAAACCGCAGAGAUUACGAUGAAUGGGCGGCGAAGGGAAACACGGACUGGUCUUGGCGGGAUGUGCUGCCCUAUUUUGCACGCUCGGUGCAUCCAACGGGCAAUGCGACGCAUCCACAGGGCUAUGUCACACUGAAUCCCUUCGACAAGGGUGAAGAGGAUAUUCUGGCCAUGAUACAAGAGGGUGGCGCCGAACUAGGCGUACCUACCGUCGCCGAAUUCACAGACGGCAGCUUUCUCGGCUACGCCUACGUGCCUGGCACCGUACACAAAGGUCAACGCAUGAGCACCGGCAAAGGACACUUGGGUCGCGUUUCCUCACGUCCCAAUCUGCACGUCAUAAAGCAUGCCCAAGUGACGAAACUGAACUUCGAUCGUGCCGGCGAACGUGUGGAGUCUGUGAGCUUCGUGCUGCGCGGAGAUGCACAGCGGCCGCUCAAGGUGAGAGUGGGAAGAGAAGCCAUAUUGUCAGCCGGCACCAUUGACUCGGCAGCUCUGCUGCUGCGCUCCGGUAUCGGUCCACGGCAACAUCUGGAGCAGCUGCAGCUGCCAGUUGUGCACGAUUUGCCUGGUGUUGGCGGCAAUCUGCAGGAUCAUGUGCUCACGCCGAUCUUCAUCAAGUUGGACGAGGGCAGAGCACCAUUGCCUACACGCGAAGAGAUGCUAGACAUGGUCUACGAGUACUUGGUGCAUCGGCGCGGUGAAUUGACCACCCAUGGGACAGCGUCGCUGGUGUCAUUCAUUAACACGAACACCAGCAGUCGCAGCGUCUAUCCGGAUAUAGAGAACCAUCAUCUGUUCUUUAAACGUGGCCAAUCGGACGCCCUGCGUCUCUUCGGCACUGGACUCUCCAUGGACGAGCAAUACCUGGACUAUCUGCUGCGUGUGCAACAGCAAGCGCAUAUCAUGGCCGUCUUCGUGCUAGUCUCACAUCCGGAAUCGGUGGGUGAACUGCGACUGCGCACUAACCACUACACAGAUGCCCCAUUGUUGCAGCCAAACUACCUUACAAAGGAGUCCGAUGUGGCCACAAUGAUCCGUGGCAUACGAUAUCUUGAGGCUCUCGAGCGCACCGCCGCCUAUCGCGCCCACGCCGCCGAGAUCGUCCACAUACCCAUCUCGGAGUGCGACAAGGCCCACAAGUUCCGCUCUGACAAAUAUUGGCGCUGCUAUGUGCGAUAUAUAACUGGUACUUGCUACCACCAGACCGGCACCGUCAAAAUGGGGCCGCCUAGUGAUCCGCAGGCGUGCGUCAAUCCGCGCCUGCAGCUGCGUGGAGUUGAGAAUCUGCGUGUGGCCGAUGCCAGCAUUAUGCCAGCCGUGGUCAGUGCUAAUACGAAUGCUGCCACGAUCAUGAUUGCCGAGCGAGCGGUGGACUUCAUUAGGCAAGAUUGGUCGAGACAUUCAGGAGAGUCGCUCGGCUCUGUGUCUAGCUCUGAUUCUGACUCUGAGUCUGACGAAUCAGUGGAGGAGUUGCAGGAACACUGGCAUGACGAUGACUUGUGAAGAAUGAACUAGCGUGGAAGUUUUGAUCUAUUUUCUUUCUUUUUUUUUUAGCUACAAUUAAGAAUCCUUAUUGCUUUAUACAUAAGUAUAUACAACACAUUUUAUAGCUUGCUAGAUAACCUGUUCUAAAUAGCUUUACUCGGGAAAUGUUUCGGCUAUUAGCAAAUGAAAUCUUGUUUCAAAAGUCUGCCAAAAAGGUACACGGCAUAAAUAGGUACCUGGGCUACUUUUUUAACUUGGUGAAUAGAAAUAAUGUAUUAAAAUAGUUAUUUUAAACAAAUAAAUGAAACUGUUUCAUUUUACUCUCGCA